AACUUUUAUAACAACUGAUUACAGCUGUUCAGUGAUAAGUAUCCUAUUAGUAGUCGGUACUGGACUGUCUAGUGUCUACACUCGACUGCCGACACCCAUGUCCCAGGAUGCGCCGUGCAAUGACAAACAUAAUAUGACUAAAACAUUAUCGAUUAUUCCUGUAUAUUUAUUAUAGUUAUUAGCUUAUAAUUCAUAUUUUACAGUUCAGUUGAUUCUUAGAAAUUAUGAUUAGAAAUAAUUAAAUUAAUUGUUUUAAAUUACUUUGAUAGUUGUGUAUCGAAUAUAAAAAACUAUUUCUUUUAAACCAUAAUUAUAUUUGGCUAGCCUAACUUUCAUUUUUCUGGAAGUCAAUAUGAAAUCAACAAAAAGAGUUUUAUCCAUACAGAGUCAUGUGGUCAGUGGAUAUGUGGGAAACAAAAGUGCUGUAUUUCCUUUACAGGUAAUGGGAUUUGAAGUUGAUGCUAUCAAUUCUGUUCAGCUGUCGAAUCACACUGGCUACAAAACAUUUCAUGGGCAAGUUUUGAAUGAAACAAACUUAAUGGAAUUGAUAGCUGGACUUGUUGAAAAUGAUUUACAUUAUUACUCUCAUUUACUGACAGGAUAUAUAGGAUGUCCAAAUUUUUUGCAAAAAAUUGCCGAAGUUUAUAUAAUUUUGAAAAAAAAGAAUCCAAAUUUAAUAUACGUUUGUGAUCCAGUAAUGGGCGAUAAUAAAGAAAUGUAUGUUCCAAAAGAAAUGUUAGAUAUUUAUAGGAAGGAAAUAAUCACUUUAACAGAUAUAAUCACACCCAAUGAAUAUGAAUUAGAACUAUUAACUGGUAAAACUAUAACUUGUACUGAUGACAUCUAUGAAGCUAUAAGAAUACUACAAAGUCUGGGCUGUAAAACAGUUGUGGUUUCUUCGUCUAAUAUUGAAGACACUCAUUUGAAAUGUAUUGGAAAAUAUAUUAAUAGCAAAGAGUAUGUGGAAAUAAAUAUACCUUACAUUGACCAUUCUUUUAUUGGUACAGGCGAUUUGUUUGCUUCAUUAAUAUUGUUAUGGAUGACCUUAAAUAAAAAUAACUUAAAGGAGUCAAUGGAAAAAACGGUUGCAACUAUUCAGGCAGUAUUGAAACGAACUUUGAAUUAUAUUAAGCAAGCCAAUCCCAAAACUCCAACAUUUAACAAAGAACUCAAAUUAAUUCAAAGUAUUGAUGAUAUACGAAACCCUACUAUCACAAUAUUUGGAAAAACAGAUUAUGUAAAAUAGCUUUACUUAUUUGUAUAGUUACUAUUAUGUAGCAUUAAUUGUUUAUUUCAUUGAAAAAUAUAAUUUAUUAAUAUUAUAUACUGUAAAGAACUAGCUGUAGUUAAUAUACAAAUUUAUAUGUUACCAAGAUAACAGUUUUUAUAAUUAUUUAUGUUAUCUCUUUUUUUUACCAUACUAUUAAGUUAUCUUACUGAAAUUACUUAAUUCCUUAUAGUAUGUUAACCAUGUAUUAUAAUAAUAAUAGUUUUUAAAUGAUUUUUAGUUGUUGAGUUAUUAAUUUAGUAUUAUAUUAUAUUGCAGUUUAAUCUGAUAAGUAAUACCAGAUGUACCAAACUUCAAGUCUUCCAAGACACCUAUAUACCUAUAUAGGUUGAGUUAAUAAAAAUUUGUAAUUUAUUUAUAAUUUAUACAUGCAUUUUGUGUGCUAAUUACAACAAUUAUUUUUGAAGGAUAAAUUAUAAU